AUGGCGGAGUCGAGCGACGAGGAGAUCGCAGUCGACCAGGCGCGCGCGAGCGAGGUUGGGCUCGACGAUGACGGGGAGGCCAUCAGGCGGUCCCGCAUUAGUUGCGCCAACGAGUCGCUGGGUCGCGUGGCUGAUCUGCUCUCGGCGACGCGGCCAGGGAUGCGGCUGUCCGCGCGCCCUGUUCGUGGAGACGGGCUGUGCUUUUUCCGCGCUGCGGCUGUCGAACUGGGACUUCCAGGCCGCGCGGCUUGGAAGCUGUACAGAUGGACGCUGGUGAAGAUGAUGAGGCAGCGGAACCGGCAAUUGUUCGAGGCGCUGCAGCUGGACGAGUACGCCGUGGAGAGGAGGGCCCGCCUGCAGAAGGAGUUGCCAGCGCAGGUGGCCAGUGGCGUCGCGUGGGGCAGUCUCCCCAACUGGAAGGUGUUCUACGUGGACAUAUGCAUGGGCCUCCAUUCGGAGGACGUGUCGGCAACGCGCCGAUAUGCAGACGCUGUUGUGAUCACGCACUUCCUGGAGGCUUGUGGCGCUCUCGCUCUGUACGUGCCAUUCAACGCGUGGAGCCAGGCGGCCAUCUUCCCGGACCAGGGGUUGCUGCAGGGACGUGCGCAAAUCCCAGUGCUCGAUUUUGCUUUUGUCCACUAUGACGUCGACGGGUAUUCACACUACGAUGCGGUGGACGUGGCGACGCGUCCGGGCGCUUGCAGUUCACUGAGAGGGAGUGCGGCGGGCGCGAGUUCCGGCAGCAACGCGCGCCCGCAGGCCGCCGACGGGGCGCGGCUGCCGCGCGCCGCGUCAGGGCGUCUCCGACCGCAGGGCGAACGCGAAGAGCAUGCCGCUGCAGCCGCGGAGGCCCCCGAGUCUGACUCCGACGCCGACCGGGAGUCAUCGCCCUCAGAGCCGGCGUCGGACUCCAAUUCCGAGCUGUCGGAGGCCCCUGCCGGGUCAGAGCAGUCCGACGUUGACCACUUGGCCUGCGGCGCCGACGUGGCGCACACGACGCUGGACGUCGCCCACGAAGCAGCUCGGGCUUUCUCUGCAUUUCUCCGGCAGGACCCGACGCUUCCUCCGCCGUUCGACCCGUCGGACGCCGCAGACAACAUCCAGGAGGUAAUGGACGGAUUGCAGUGGCCGAUCUGCAACUGCGCCGUUCGGCAGUGCCGCUGGACCGGGGAGACGGAAGGGGAUUUGCGGCGCCACGUAAUCAGCUGCCACCAGGCCUGCCUCCCAGCAGCGUGGAGGCAGGGGUGGAACAAGAGACUCGCUGACAGCGCCGACGAUGUCGGCGUCCAUGCCGAGGUGCUGGAGGAGCAGGAAGCGUGGAUCUGGUCCAUCUACUGCCAGGCGGUGGAGGUCCGGGCGCGCACUGGCAUGCCAGCUCUCGGCAUUUGCAGAGACCGGCGGGCAAUUCGCACCAUGAGGCAAGUGGCGAACGAUGCUUGUUUGUCGUCGCUGGUGUGCUUCUGCUGCGGUCAGAUCUACACGAGUGUCGAGGACCCCGAGUCCGCUGGAGUCAGUGAGAUUGGAUGGACGCCACUGCGCGGGCUCUUGCGCAGUUGUCCGCGUGAGCUCCUGGAGUACGCCUUCGGCUUGGACGCGUUCCUGGCGCACUUCCCGCACCCUGCUCCGGACCACCGCGGGACGCGGUCGCACCACUAUCCGACGCAGACAACCGCGUCUUCGCCGUGGGUGCGAACGGUGCGGUGGAAUGGUCCGAACGGAAGCCAGAACUCCAUGCGCUUCCUGUGCUGCCCGGAAGACGUGGUGUGCGACCGUCAGCAUGGAGUUGUUGAUGAGCUGUGCGAGUCGUGCCGCGUACCUCUGUGCUGGCAGUGCCGCGGCAUUUUCGCGAAGACGCGAACGGUGCGGGAGCGAAUCCCGCGUCCCGCCAUCGCCAACGACAAUUUUGUCGGGUUCGUGUCGGCAUGGUGGGAGAAGCACAAGCCCCGGUGGAUCGAGAUGGCCGCGGCCACGCCAGUGUGGACGAGUUUGAUGGCGUUCUACGUCGAGGGCGAUAAGGGCCACCUCAUGAACAAUCAGGCCAUGCAUCCGCACAGUCGGUACGCUGUCCGCGGUAAUCUGGCCAGCUUCCUGGUGCAUUGGGACGACGUCCUGGAGCGCCUGCUCGCCAUCACGGAGAGUUCCAGUGCUGCUGCGGCGCUGCCCCACGACGGCGAGACGCUGGCCCACUUGGUUCGCUUCGAGUUCCGGAUGAAAGACAAGGACAUGUCGAAGCAUCUGAAGCGCAUGCGCCUCCGCGCUCAUGUGGUGCUGCAGCUCGGCUGGGAGCUCAUCGACCGCGGCCACCCCGCUUUUUGUAGAGAUGCUGCUGGCAAUCCCAUCGCAAUCGCCGCUGCCAAGGAGGCGUUUGAAAGGCGCGUGAAGCAGUGCUACCCGUGGCUCGGCACCCCCGAGGACACCGACGGGAAGGUCCCGCCAGCCGUGGACCGGGCGACGGUGGUGGCGGAUCCGUCCAGGAGCAGUGUGCAGGAUAACAAGCACGCGACUCCGGCGCUGGCCAGCACUGACGUCGCCUCUGUUUUCGACGAUGCCAGACCGACCGCCUGCGCGCCCACAGAUGCGACGUCCCGGUCUUGGCGCAACGGUGCCGAUGCCGCACAUCGGCGCCGCGCGGUGGGGCGGCCCGAGGAAGUGCAAAACCGGCCGUCCAUCAGCAUGGGGAUGUGGCUUGCAGGCAUGAGUCGCCGAGUGGAACACCAGAUCCGAUCGGACUGGCUCUUCAUCCCAGGCAUGCGCAAUGUCCACUUCCGCUUUUUGGGCAUCACCGCGAGGUUGGGGAGCAAAGUCAGGAAGUACAAGGACGAAGACGGAUCCGCUUUCACGGAGCGCCUGACCACGGCUGUCCGCGGGUUGCACGACCUGUUGGCGAAGGGGUACUACGGGCCGAACAGGCGGCCAAUUGCUGGCAACUUGACGGUGCUGCACAUGGCGCAUGGCCUGGACACAACCCAGAAACAGAUCGUGCACAACAUGCGCUCUGUGACGAGCAGCCUUGCAGGCACCCAGGAGCUGCGUCGCAGGAUGGGCCACGUAUUCCAGUCUGGCGCGAUUGGAUACGGGCACGGGCUUUUCAUCACCAUCUCGCCAAAUGAGAAGCAGUCCUGCUUGGUGAUGCGUCUACACAGAGCACGCCAGGGCGACCCGCUGCUGCGCGCGGGGUGCACAGACGACGCACGGAAUGCCAUGAGGAAACGAUUGGCGUCACGGGAGUGGCCGUCAUUGUCGGAGAGCGCCGACGCGGAGCUCCCCGAUUUCGAUUUGCGUCUGUGCGAAGUGGCCAAUGAUCCUCUCUCGGUCGUUCAGGGCUUCCGCGUCGCCGUGAACGUGAUCUUGGGCCGCCUCCUGGGUCUGCGGUUGUGCGCCGAGUGCGGCGUCGCGCGAAGAUAUCGUAGGCAGCCCCGGUGCUGUUGCUGCACGGACAAGUUCGGCUCCAACUCGCGCCCCAUGGGCGGGAUUUUCGGGGUUGCUGCAGCUUUGCUUGGCGCCGUCGAGAACCAGCACCUAGGCACGCUCCACUUCCACGGGUUCGUGUACCUCGCGAACAUGUUCCAGCACGCACCCUUGACUGAGAUCGCGAGGACAAUUCGGGAGUCCCCUGGCUUGGCGGACGCGGUGAAGGAGUGGCACGCGUGGGUCCACAGGGAAGAGCACUGGGCCCCCGAGGAGCACCGGGAGAGCCUACCGUCGCUGGAGUCUGAGUGGCGGCAGAAUCACCGCGCAUCGGAGCACGUAGGUCUGUGUCGGUGGCCCGCGUAUGUGGACCAUGCCGAGCCGAAGACGAAGUGGGACGAGGGGUGCGAUGCCGUUGCCUGCGACGCCGACGCGGCCACCUUCAAGCAGGCUUACGAGGCAGAUGCGCAGAUGAUCUUCUCGAAGGUCCAGCAUCACCACCAUCCCAACGGGAAGCCGCUCACACACUGCAUCAAGAAAGGCUGCAAACACGGCGACAAGUGCAAGCACGGCUUCCCGAAGACCAUGCUCAUGGCGGCCCCAGAUGGACCGAGAUUCCGCGUUGUGUGCCCUCAGGUGGCCAGGGAAGUCGGGCUUAAAGUGAACGGGCCGAGGAAUGCGUUGGGCGAGAUCGCGGGGCCUCGGAACGACGAUUUCCUGAGCGGGACUUGUCCAGCAUUGGCGGUGGCAUUUCGGAGCAACACGCACACGGCGCCGAACAACCGGCUCCCGCUGAUCACAGGCAUUACUCACGACCCGAACUGCCUGUGUCGACACGGCUCCAGAGAAGACACAGAAGAAGGGCACCUUCGACGCAUCGCAUUCGCGGUGCAGCGGUCCAUGUCGAACUCCUCGCGGUACAUCGGCGGGUACAUUUCCAAGGUGCAGCGCGUCGGGAAGAAGGCGCGGGAACUGGCGAAGACCUGCCUGUCCACGCUGGCCGAGCGACUCCAUGGGAAGUCCGAGAUGCAGCAGACGCUCAACACUGUGCACCGCUGCAUCGGGGACUGGGAGGCCAAGGGCGUGGCGCGGACGAUCUUCGAGGAGGUGAACUUGGCGCACUUCGCGGACAGGCCGAACCCGCUCGCAGCGGAGUGCAUCACGUCGUGCCCUGUCGCCGACUUCUACGCGGGCUGCUUCCUCCAGAUCGUGGCCGACGAGACUCGGGCGGGGCGCGCGACGGCGCGGCGCCAGAAGAGGUCCGUGGUGUUCACGGACGCAGGCGAGGUGGCCACUCCGCCGGACGCGACGGCGCGAGCGUACGCCUACCGACCCAAUCAUGCCGAGUUGAAGACUUUGAGCCCGUACGAGUUCGUCCGCUUGUUCGAGGUGGUACCAACGUACCCGCCACCAAGAGAUGCUUCGAAGCCAUCGACGGGCCCGACGGAGUGGAAGGCGAAUUCGCCGCCGGCCGCGGCUGAUGGGCCUCCACGGCCUGGGGUCCAUUAUGUCGUGAAGCCACCCGCGGAGGGAUGCAGGUACUUUGCGCUCGAAGAAGACCCAGACGACAUGGAGUUCGCGCACAUGUACGUGAUUGUACCCCGGGGCGUCCCCGCGCUACCCGUCUUCAUCGGGUCCGUCAUGCCUCAGCCCGAAAUGACGCCUGAGCGCCGCAGCGCCAUUUUGUCUGCGUACUUCCGACCAUGGACAUUGGUGUGCAAGUACGGAUCUUCUCGGGGGCCUGUUCCGCUAGCGAAGAAUCUGAACUUGCCGCCCAAGCGCCAGCGCUGUGGGAGGGGCGCGCCGAGCUUCCGAGUAGCCCUCAAGCACUACCUUCGCGGCCACAUCGUCUCGCCGUCCAACCGCAUCCUGUGGGCGAACGUGCUCCGCACCAUGACGACGAUGCCGGAGAACGCCGACGAGGGCGAGGACGACCAGGACUCGAAGCCGGUGGAGGCGCUACCCGAGAACGCGUUUCCGGUCCUCAGCCCCAGCAGCAUCAUGGCAGAGUUACGGCGAGUAGACCGAGACGCCGGGGCAGAUGCCGCUGGCGAGGACAUUGGGAACCUCUCCCAUUCGGUGCACAAAGCGCUGGAGCAGAGCAUGUCCUUCUGGGACCCGCCGAACAGGGCGCCCACGUUGAACUUGCCACUGCGACAGUCUGCUCUUCGGCAUUCCAGUGCAAUGCCAGCGGGGGCUCGCGGGAAUGCCCAGGAGCCACCGCGGAAGAUUGCGCGCUCCAAGAUGCGGGAGAAGCUGUACCCUGGCGACGCUGACCUGACAAGCAACAUCCAGAGCUGGCGGAGAGGACUGCAGACGCACCAGAUCACCCCCGACCCGCAGCAGAUGAGCAUCCUGGACGCCGUCGCCGACAGGUGCGUCCAGGAGGCCCGCGAGCAGGACCAGCUGCGCGGAUCGCCAUGCUCCCGGCUGUUCGUUCUCGGCCUGCCGGGUUCAGGGAAAUCGGAGGUCAUCCGGUGGCUGUGCGAGGAGGGCGUGGGGCUGUUCCCCACGUGCAUGGGAUGGGAACACGAGGUGCACUUCAUCAAGACCGCCCCCAUGAAUUCCAUGGCGAGCAACAUCGGUGGGCGAACCAUCCACAACUUCAGCAAGCUCGGAAUCGACCUCAUCACGGGAGUCCAGUCCGGCGGGAAGAAGGACCCGGAGUUGUCGGAGAACAUGCUGCACACGAAAAUCCAGCACAUGCGCUGGCUCAUCAUCGACGAGGUGGAGAACGUUUCGGUGGAGUUGCUGGACGCCGUGCACAGGCAGGUGAAGGACUCGACGAGGGACAAGGGAAACCCCUGGGCCGUGGACGCACGCGUUCCAAAACAGUUCGCCAUGUUCGGAGGGCUCAACCUGGUGCUGCUCGGGGACUUAUGGCAGAUACCGCCCGUCAGGAGUCUCAGUAUUGCCGCCAACCCAUUUGUCAAGAGACCCGCCAACGUCGGCCGCAUACUGGAGAUGUUCUGGACAGAGGGCUUGCCGCACUCGGUGACUAACCGCUACGCCCUGGCCCAGUCGCACCGCUGCUCAGACGUGUGGUGGAGAAGCUUUCUCGCCGAAGCGCGCGCUGGGAAUCUGUCGGACAGGAUGUACGAUUUCGUCCACGGCUUCCCCACUGAUGUGCCCGGCUCCUGGAUGCCCGCAAGCCCCGGCAGCGCCGAGGCCUCGACGGGGCACUUCGGCCGCGGGAAGGCGAAGUGCCGCGCGCUCUGGUCAGUUGAGUGGCCACGGAUGUUCGGAGCAGGUCGGGCCUGGGAGGACAUGAAAUCCCUGGAGUGCGCUGAGUGCAGCGCGGAACGCCAUCGGCGCUGCCGCGUCGCCUCUCAGAGCGAUGCCAGACAGCGGGAGGUGAGCACGGCGUUCGCGGACGCGCUGUUCGUGCACCCGUACAACGCCCCGAAGAGCAGGAUUCUGACGCUGCGAGCGGCGAAUGCGGCAGCCAAUGCUGGGAAGCAGCUCCUCUGGGUGGUGGCGCGCGAUGUCCCCCUCACUCGGGACGACGCAUGCAGGUCGACGGAGUCGCUCUCCCACGCCAGGCAGAACUGGCUCAUGUACCCCGAGAACAAGACUGGCGGAGUUCCGGGUGUGCUGCCGAUCUUCGAGGGGAUGCGGGCGCGGUUCACCACCACGGAGAAUGCGGAGGCGGGAGCCUGCAAGCACUCCUGGGGUACCGUGACGGGCUGGGUCCUCCACCCCGACGACUCGAAGUUGGUGAAAGACCACAGGUCCGAGCCGGAGCUGGUCCUGCAGCACGUGCCCGAGGCGAUCAUGGUGCAAAUUCCCGGGAACACGGCGCCCCGCUUUGGGAAUCAGCCCGCGGGCGUCUUCCCCGUGAAGCAGAGGGAGGUGUCCUGGGAUCGCAGUCCCGGCUUCAAGGCCAUGGUGAAGCGCGCGGGGUUCCCGCUGGUCCCGCACUUCGCCGCCGCGGCCCACUGCGUCACCGGCGCCGCGCUGCCGCAGGCCAUUAUCGACCUCCUGGACGCGCGCACGACGCCCCGCGCAGCCAUGGUCCCCACGGGCUACGUGGCCAUCAGCCGCACCAGGAGGGCUGACGAUCUGAUCAUCACGCAGCCUUUUUCGCCCAUGCUUUUCCGCCAGGGGCAUCAGACGGGCCCAUGGCUCUUGCACUCCCUGACAGCCGGGGAGAUGACGACGGAGCAGGCGGAAGCCGGCUGGGCCAAGGCAGAGAAGGAAGCCGCGUCCAGGUCGUCCAAGAAGUUGGUGGACGUCACUUUCCAGUGCGCCGACUGCCACCAGCGGAAGAGAGCGGGCAACUUCCCAGGACGUGGCAUGAGAGCGAGCGACCCCGUGGAGCACGCCGUGGCAGUCCUGAGCCAGGGCGCGUGGAGGAGGUGCGCCCUCUGCGCGCAGAAGCAGGCCGGAAAGGAUGUGCAGAGGCCUGCCCCUCUGCCCGGCGAGCUCCGUUGCUUUGAAUGCGGCAAAGCCAGGCGCGUCUCGGAGUACGACAAGAAGAUGUUGGAGCAGUUGCGCUCAGAUGACGCCCUCGAGAGAGCGGUAUGCCUGGCGUGUCGCCCCGCGCAACUGCACCGGCCGCCGUCGAGGACAGGUGCGCUGUACACGUGCUUCCAGUGCGGGGGCCUGAAGGGCAUGGAGCACUUUGACCUGGGCCGGCUGAAUAUGCAUGGGGGGCCCGAGUGCGUUGUGUGCAAGGAGUGCUUCGACCUGCGCAUGCGCCCUCCUUGCGGGAAGUGCGGGGCGAGGCCAGAGAGGAAUCUGCAUUACAGCCAGAGUAAUUACCAGUGUGAGGCCUGCAGAUUCCCGAAUUGCGACGUCUGCAAGGUAGUCCCGCGGCCGCGCAGCACGAAGUAUCUGGCGGCCAACAGGCCGUCGUGGACGUGCCCGGCGUGCCCGCGGGUCGGUCAGUGCGUGGCCUGUGGCGCCCCGUCACCAGACGCGGCCAAAACUGGUCGGCGUUCUGCGAACUGGGAAGGGCCGAGGUACACGUGCGACGCGUGCCUCUGGCCGCCAUGCAGCGCGUGCAAGAAGGCGCCGCGGCCGCACGACCGCCGGUGGACAGUUCGCGUUGCCCCGGACUGGAAAUGCGCAGAUUGCGCGAAGACGCGCAAGCGAGGGAAGAG